AUGGAAGGACCUGCAUUCCAAUGCCUCCCUCCAUGGGUUAAAGCAAAGCUCUCACCAAAGGCAAUUGAGUGCAUUCAGAAGGUCCACGACUGGGUUGAGAAUGAGUGUAUUCCAGCCGAAGAAGUUAUGAAGGAGCAACUGAAGAAAGACCGAUGGCAGACUCCGCCGCUAAUGGGCGAGCUGAGACGUAAAGCAAAGGCGAGGGGCCUAUUUAACCUAUUCCUUCCACAUCAUUUCAAAGAGAGCCCCGGGCUUACGAACCUGGAGUAUUCCUGCUGCGCAGAAAUCAUGGGGAGGUGUUAUUGGGCUGCACAGACCAUGAAUUGCCACGCUCCAGAAACAGGAAACAUUGAGCUGCUUGCGAAAUAUUGUAACGAGGAGCAGAAGAAGAAAUGGUUGCAACCCCUGUUAGACGGCACCGCCUCGUCAGGAUACUCCAUGACAGAGCCAGAAGUCGCAUCUUCUGAUCCCACACAGAUCGCGUGCCGCAUGGAACGAGACGGGCGAGACUACGUGCUCAACGGCCGGAAAAUCUUUGGAAGCUCCUUGUCUAACAAGGACCUCACCUUUUACAUCCUCAUGGCCUGCUCGGAUCCCGAGAACCCCAAUAAAUGGGCCCGCCAUUCCAUGGUCAUCGUCCCGGUCAACACGCCUGGUAUCACACAUGUCCGCAACCUAGAUAUCAUGGGCUACGACAUGGCCCCGGAAGGCCACGCAGAAUGUGUAUAUACGAACGUACGCCUCCCUGCAGAAAACAUCAUACUAGAAGAAGGCCGGGCCUUUGAAAUAGCGCAGGGCCGCCUCGGGCCUGGCAGGAUCCACCACUGCAUGCGUCUGAUCGGGCAAUGCGAGCGCGCGUACGAGCUCGCGCUGAUCAGAAGUAUCGAUCCCCGAAAAAGGCCACGGGGCAAGCUUAUCGGCGAGUUCGAUUCCAACAUCGAACGGAUCGCGCAGAUGCGGCUUGAGAUUGACUCCUCCAGACUCGUUGUCCUGAAUGCGGCCGACACGAUGGACAUUUCUGGCAAUAAGGCGGGUAAAUACGUUAUCGCCCAGAGCAAGAUCUUGGUACCGUCUAUGGCGGCGCGUGUCAUCGAUGAGUGCAUGCAGUUGUACGGUGGUCUGGGCUUGACUCAAGAGACUUUAUUACCUGAGAUGUGGACGUAUGCCCGGUUUGUCAGACUCGCCGACGGACCAGACGCCGCGCAUCGCUAUCAGGUUGGGAGGGCGGAGCUGCAGGCAGCUCCGGUGUUCAGGGAGCAGCAUCAACGAUAUCAAGACAAGCGGAACGAGUUGGCGAAGAAGCAUCGUUUGCAGUCCGGUCGCGCUCUUCUGUAA